AUGUCUAUAACUAUAAUAGAAAUCAACCCCACUGUGUUCUUUGACAUUGCGGCUGAUGGCGAGCCUUUGGGCCCUGUCUCCUUAGAGUUGUUUGCAGACAAAGUUCCAAAGACAGCAGAAAACUUUCGUGCUCUGAGCACUGGAGAGAAAAGAUUUGGACAUAAGGGUUCCCCCUUUCACAAAAUGAGUCCAGGAUUCACACGCCAUAAUGGCACUGGCAGCAGGUCCAUCUAUGAAGAGAAAUUUGAGGAUGAGAACUUUGUCCUGAAGUAUACAACUCUCUUCAUCUUGUCCAUGGUAAUUGCUGGACCAAACACAAACAGUUCCCAUUUUUUUAUCUGCACUGCCAGGACUGAGUGGCUUGAUGGCAAGCAUGUGGUCUUUGGAAAGGUGAAAGAAGCCAUGAGCAUCGUGGAAGCCAUGGAGCGCUUUGGGUCCAGGAAUGGCAAGACCAGGAAGAAGAUCACCAUUUCCUACUGUGGACAACUCUAA